AUGCGAGGAUGCCUGCAUUUAGCCCGAUGGCUGAGCGCGGCGCCGAAAUGCCCAGCUAUGAGCUCUCAAAAGGCGCCAUCCUCCCUCUUUUGCCAAUCUCGUCUUUUUACUAGCUCCGUCAUUUACCAAGCGGCGCGGACUAGGUCACCUGCCAUCAAACCCACCUCCGAUCUUGAAAAUAGAAUUGCGGACAUUCCGAUCGACCGAUACCGUAACUUUUGCAUAGUUGCCCAUGUCGACCAUGGCAAGAGCACACUCUCUGACCGACUGUUGGAACUGACCGGUACCAUCGAGCCAGGAGCCAAUAAGCAGGUGUUGGAUAAACUUGACGUCGAACGGGAACGCGGUAUCACUGUAAAGGCGCAGACAUGUACUAUGAUCUACAAUCACAAUGGAGAAGACUAUUUGUUGCACCUUGUUGAUACUCCUGGUCAUGUUGAUUUCCGUGCGGAGGUUUCACGCAGUUAUGCCAGUUGUGGAGGAGCGUUACUCCUGGUCGAUGCCAGCCAAGGUAUCCAGGCGCAGACAGUCGCAAACUUCUAUCUGGCUUUUGCUCAAGGCUUGGAGUUAAUUCCCGUCAUUAACAAGGUGGACCUGCCAUCUGCGGAUCCGGAGCGGGCUCUCGAGCAAAUGAAGCAUUCGUUCGAGAUUGACACGGACAACGCAGUGAUGGUCUCAGCCAAGACGGGUCUCAAUGUGCAACGGCUGCUUCCUACAGUGGUGGAGAAGAUCCCAGCCCCUGUCGGCGAUUUAAAGAAGCCGUUACGGAUGCUCCUUGUCGAUUCCUGGUACGAUUCAUACAAAGGCGUUAUUUGUCUCGUCCGUGUCUUUGAUGGUGAAAUCCGAGCUGGCGACCAUAUCGUAUCCUUCGCAACAGGCAUCAAAUACUACGUGGGUGAAGUUGGCAUCAUGUACCCGACCGAAACCCCACAGACAGUUCUUCGUGCCGGCCAAGUAGGAUACAUCUUCUUUAAUCCAGGCAUGAAACGCAGCAAGGAAGCCAAGAUUGGGGAUACAUACACGAAGGUCGGGUCAGAAAAGGUUGUGGAGCCCCUUCCUGGUUUCGAAGAACCAAAGUCUAUGGUGUUUGUGGCGGCGUAUCCCAUUGAUGCGGACCAUUUCGAGCACCUCGAGGACAGUAUCAACCAGCUUGUGCUCAACGACAGGAGCAUCACAGUGCAAAAGGAGUCCUCCGAGGCUCUCGGCGCGGGGUUUCGGUUAGGGUUUCUGGGAACCUUGCAUUGCUCAGUGUUUGAGGAUCGUCUACGGCAGGAGCAUGGUGCUAGUAUCAUUAUCACUCCCCCCUCUGUACCCGUGAAGGUACUUUGGAAGGAUGGCACGGAAGAAACCAUUACGAGUCCCGCUAAAUUCCCCGAUGAGGAUGACGUGCGCACUAAGAUAGCACAGAUUAAGGAGCCGUACGUUCUGGCUACCUUGACCUUCCCGGACGAAUACCUCGGAAAGGUGAUUGAGCUCUGUGAAUCCAACCGAGGAGAACAGCUGAGCCUUGAGUAUUUCACAUCGACCCAGGUCAUCCUCAAAUAUAAACUGCCUUUAGCACAGUUAGUCGAUGACUUCUUUGGAAAGCUCAAGGGAUCUACCAAAGGAUAUGCCUCUCUGGAUUAUGAAGAGUGCGACUGGCAACCGAGCUCUAUUGUGAAGUUACAACUGCUGGUCAACAAGGCUCCUGUCGAUGCUGUUGCGAGGAUUGUCCAUUUCAGUCAAGUGGAAAGACUUGGAAGACAAUGGGUGACCAAAUUCAAGGAGCACGUCGACAGACAGCUAUUUGAGAUCGUCAUCCAAGCUGCCGUUGGACGCAAGGUGGUGGCACGAGAGACGGUGAAACCUUAUAGAAAAGAUGUCCUCGCCAAGCUUCACGCAAGCGACGUCAGUCGACGAAGGAAACUGCUGGAGAAGCAGAAGGAAGGACGGAAGAGGCUGCGGGCUGUUGGAAACGUGGUGAUUGAACACAAGGCAUUCCAGGCUUUUCUGGCCAAGUAG